AUGCAAGCGCCGAAGGAAGAUAUCCCAUCAGAACCCACAGAGCAUCGCGAGGAGGCAGUUGCUCCCCCCCAAGAGGGCACAGGGGGCCACGAGAUUGCAGGCGUGUCAGAGAAACCUCAAGAGAAAGAGAAACCGUCAGAGACGGAGACAGGGCCGCCGGAUGCCAAGUCACCACCUGCUGCCGCAGCGAGUGGCAGCGAGACGCCACCAAAGGAGCCGGCCCCAGUCCUUACUCCAGAGCAAGAGACGCCACCUGAUGUCAACAACACGGAGUACGAUGAAUCAGGUGAAGGUAAGUACUCCCCAAUCUGUCAGGCCGAUGAGCGUAUCUGCCGCUGUUUCCAUCGAUCCUGUCUUUAGGUGAGCUUUCCUUUGUCAGCCUGGACGAACGUUUCAACAGACUGCAAGAUCGGCCUACACCAGGACAAUCAGAGCAUGCCGACACGCCAGCAGCAGCAGUUGGCAAUGGUGCGAGCAGCAGUACACCUCCCGAAGCGCACGAAGGCAGCCCGCCGAGCCAUGCAGCUGGAGAAGAGGAACAGGUGGUCAGUGGCAGUGCCACGGCAGACUUAGCCUGGUUCGACAGGCUGACGGAGACAGAGUUCACGCAGAGUGACGACAUAUUCAUGCCAGGUGCUGUUCCCCUUCUCUUGUCACUGACUGUCGUUGAAUUCGUUGUUCAUGUGUGUGUAUGUGUGUGUGUGUGUCUGUGUGUGCAGAUCCAGCUGCCCCAGAACAGAAAGUCGUGAGCCCCAAGAUGUGCAACGCAUCCCCAGCGAAAGUCAUAUUCAUCCAAAAGGCGUUCUGGCGUGAGAAAGCCACAGACCUUCGCGCACAGCCCGCCCACAUGCCAAAUUCUCUUCUCACUAUUGGCUGCAGAGCUGGCCUUUGAAGACGCUCAGUGGUGCAUCGAACACCGUAACCGUGGCCAAUGAAAUGCACAGAUCACGAUUGUACUAGCUUCCAUAACAUUUCUGCAGGAAGUAGCAACUCCCAGUCUGAGGAAGGCAAAGAGCGCUUCACGGAGACUCAGGGAGGGCAGCCUCCUGACGGGACGCCCCAGAGCGAGCCGUCAACAAAGAACACGACAGCUGUUGCCGACACAUCAUCAAAUCAACCCCCAGGUGGUGUCUCACAGCAAGGAGAGCGGCCCGCUGAUACGCAGCCCUCCCCUGAGCCUGAGGAAUCGUCUGGAGGGGGAGAUUCUGUCGCCAGCGACUCUGUGGUGAGUGAUGAGGCAGGCCAGCCAGCCAGCCAGCCAGGCGCACACCUAUGACUAGUCUUACACUCGUUUCAAUGUUGUUUCUAUGAAAGGCAGCAUCACCGGGAGAGAUGGAUAGUCCAGCGGGGACUGUUGCGACUCCGGACGGUGCGACAGAGCAACAAGUGGAAUCCACGGGGGAUGACGACUCAGAAUCGGACCAGGACGAAGAAUCUGAAAAGGGUACGUCCUGCGCCUGUUCAGUCGCAGUCCGAAUCAUGUGUUGGCUCCUGCCUUGCCAUGUUGUCUGUCAGACUUCGUGUCGUUUACGGAUGUCUCGUCCAAAUCUCGCAACGACGGCGGCGAUGUAAUGACGUUCCACAUCGAGGCGGCCCUGCUAUGGUAUGAAAAGGUCCCUCGCCUGGAGACGCAGUGGCCAUCCAGCUACAGUGAGGGCCUGCAUUUGCUGGCGCACCUUCUGGGGGAGGACAAGAAGAGCGCGAGGGCGGCCCUCAUGAAGCAGAUAGGUAGGUAGCAGAGGUAUGGGCUGUGUUAUGUCAACCGUGUCGUUUGCAUCAGCUUCAGGUAGUGACACCCUCUCGUUCGAGGCUUUCAGCAUGCUGCACCCCGACCACAUCCACAGCACACUCGCAGCCCUCGACCGUAUGGACGGAGAGGCACACCAAAGACAGGGGCCAACCCUCACCUCCCACUCUGUCAAUGUAUGUUCUCUUCUUCAGACAUGGAUCACUGCUCGCUGGAUGUUCCGAAGCUGGUCGGCGGUGGCGGCAUCGAUAUCACAGACAUUGGGGCGGACGCAUGCAACACAGACGACCAGUCACCCGCCGAUCGCGUGUGUGUCCUGAUGGGGGAGAGCGGUCCGGACCUCACGCAAGAGCAGCUGGAGGAAAGGCUGAGGACGGGAUCGCUGGCGGGUGCAACGGCUGAGCUGAGUGGCGUGUGUCUGACGCGGGAUGAGAUUGCCGAGGGACUGUCUGAGUGUGUGGUGCCUGUCAAGCUGGGCAGCAGUGACUCGGCACAUUAUAUGAUCCGCCGCGAUGGGGCCGGGAGGUGGGGAUCUAAACAAUGCCCGUUUCCGAAAAGUAAUUUCGAUGCCCGAUUCCGAAAAUCGAUGCAUCUCGCUUGAUUUCGUGUUCUGUUUGUCUGCAGCGUGGAUAUGGAAGCGGUACGCCAGGCCGGAAGAGUACGCCGACAUGCAGGACGGUACGCACACACACCCCGCUCGUGGUGUCCGCCACUCGUUGCCUGCUGUAUGUCAGAGGAGAUAGAGGUGCUCAUUCACCGCCCCUACGCCGACUAUAAGCAUAUCAAACCGACUCGUGUGUUGAGAGUCCUCAACGAGCUGGUGGCGCAGGCGGGUGGCAGCGGCGGCAAAGGCGAGCACGACAUCAAGGUGCAGAUCCACCCGACACCAUAUCAGCUUACGCAUCUCUCGAGAGCCGCCAAGGGCCGACAGCCAGGCGCCUCUCCUUUUGAGCAUCGCGAGGGAGAGAUAGCGGCGGAGCAGGCCCAGCCAUUGAAACAUGAAGGAGACGCACUAGCGCAACAUGAACCACAAGAGAUACCUCAGGAGAAGGCCGAGGCCACACACGAAGAAGAGGCGGCUACGGGGAUGCCGCCAGAGCAGGAGACUGGGGCUGAUUUGGUGGAUCAUGCUCCAACAGACGAAGGUGUGCAGGGCGGCACGGCCGAGACAAGCGGACCUGAAGACAUCAGCGCUCCUGCUCAAGGCCAGCCGUCAAGCGAGGACAUGAAAGCUGCUGCUGUUGAUAUAUCACCAGAGCAGCCUCCAAGUGGUGUCUCACAGCAAGGAGAGACACAGCCCUCCCCUGGCCCCGAGGAAGACAGUGACGAUUCAAAGGACGGUAUGCAAAACAGCCCAUCGAGCUUUUCUCCCAUACUUGUCGCCACCAACGAUAUUCUGCAGAACUUAUAUCGUUCUUGAGCGUCUCAUCGUCACAGUCACCCUUUCCUCAGCAUCACCGCAUCAUACGCGCAAGGACGAGGCAUCAAGAACACGCAGGCACAAACACAACGAGACGGAGAUGGCAACGCACAAGGCGACGGCAGCCUCCUGGUGUUGGUGAUGGCGAUCGCGGCGUCCGGCUGCUUAUCACGGUCUCUGACGCCAACAAAGCCGAUAUACUGCGAAGCAUCUUUGCAAGGAGGAGUCCAGAAGAGGUCCAGAGGAUUCUCAGCCGCGCGGCGAAUCAUGACGCCACGGUCGCCAGCACAGAGGCCUUUCAGAAACUAAGUGAAGCCAUCAGCCAAGGGGCCGUGCACAUGUUCGGCAAGCGCAGAGGGGCCAUGGAGACACGUACGUCAAGACAGCGGCCAGCCUUCUUGUCUGUGUCUCUCUCUUUCUUUGUUUCUUUCUCAGAUCCGUCGGAGGAUUUGUCAAUGGACGUGGACAUAAUCGAGGCAGUGUUGGAGGGCCGCACUGUCGGGACUGAGGAGGGGAGGCUGGUGGCGCAGAUCAUCCAGAACACGCCUGCGGCCAAGCUCCUCGCGGCACUGGUGGGGCUGCCACUGGCCAUGAGAAAUGUGAAUAUGGUGAGGAAACAAAGGAUCCGUGUGGAUGAUGUGUCAGUGUCCUGCUGUCCUUAUCUGUCUGUCUCUUCAGGAUCUCACGGACCGGAGCGUAUAUAAUGAGGGGACAGGUCAGCGAGCCGGCUGCAUCGUGCGACACGUAUGGCUUUUUCACAAACACCGAAAAGCCCCGUCUUUCUGCUUUGCAGGGAGUAGACAAAGCCCUCCUACGUCGACAGAGGACACAUUAGACCAGGAGGUACGUACAGCAUACACAGACAGUCGACAGCCACCGCUCAGAUGUCUCUGUCGCCCUCUUCUGUCUGUGCACUCUCUCUUGUGUGUUUCUGCCAGACCUUCAUGUGCUUCACGCUGCGGCUGCUGAGUGGGGUCAGCGGCUUGCCGGCACACGACACAAGGCUGCACGAGCUGGCCACGCAAUUGACUAUAGGGGUACGAUCAAGACAGUGAAAUGGAGCUACAGGUGUCAGUCAUGUCUCUCUCGCGUCUGUCUGUCUAAUCAGGGCGGUCUUGUGCGCUGGGAGGAAGUGUUUGAGAGGGAGCUCUAUGGCAAUGGCGGCGGGUUUUCGCCUGUCUGGGGCUACGGAAGCUAUGCGACCACCUAG